AUGGGUAUUGGUAACUCAAAUACAGUAGUUGAAGCAACGAUCCAAGGGGCAGGUUCGAAUAAUCAUAUAUCGGUAAGCGAUUUACCUUCAAAGCUCAAAAAUGGUACUGCUGUUCAAGAUGUAAUGAAUACUGUUGGUAAGACGGCUGGUAAAAUCAUCGAAAGUGGUGGUGAUAUUAUAACUGCACCAGCAGUUUGGUUAAAAGAUAUUCAACAAAACUGGCUUAGCUACAUGAUUGUUACUGCUGUUAUUUUAUCAAUUUUAGCAUUCUUUUAUUGCUCGUUUAAAUUUUAUUUAAAUAAAAAACAAAGCAACAUGUCCAAUAACAAUCUUCUCGAUUUUGCCAAAAUUAUCAACAACAAAAAUGGCACCAUGCAAAAUCAAUUGCCAUUGUCAUUAAUCAAUUUACCAUCAGUUUCAUCAAACACACCAGCACAAUUAAUGGCUUAG